UUCCUGAACUCUUCCCUCUCCCCUUGAAGCUGAGUGCCAAGAACAAGGACGAGCUGGGCAGGAGACAAGAACUACAAUGGAGGAAAAGUGGGGGAGAGCCAUUCAAACUAGAAAAGAGCAUUUCAACCCAAGGGUGGAGCCAAGGAUGGUUUUUAUUUAGAGGUUUAAGUGGCGGCAGGUCUGACACAUUGAGGGGUUUCCCUGCCCUGCAAAGAGCUGUGAGAAUCACUUCGAGGAAGAGGAGGAAGAGACGCAGCCCAGACAAAGGCAGAAAUAGAAGCUGUUCUAACUUGGGAAAUCUGUUCAAGCUCUCUUUGAAUCGACCAACAUGGCUUCAGUACGAGAAGUGUCCAGUUUCACUGAAGACCUGCUGUGCCCCAUUUGCCUCUCCCUCUUUCGGGAGCCCCACAUGCUGGAGUGUGGCCACAGCUUCUGCGCUCCCUGCCUGGAGCCCUGCAUUCCCAAAGGGCAAAGACGGGGCCUUUGCCCUGAGUGCCGCCGCCCCUUCGCUUUGCGCCGCAUGACGAUCAACCGAGCCCUCUGCAGCUUGGCUGAGAAAGCCCGGCUUCUGAAGCUGGAUGAAGGGACUCAGCUGAGCAGCACCGGAGGCUGGUACUUCUGUGAGGAACACGAAGAGCCUCUUAAGCUCUUCUGCAGCCAAGAUGAGGAGCCCGUUUGCGUCAUCUGCCGGGACUUGCCUCAGCACCGGGGACACGACUUCCUGCCCAUCAAAAAUGCAGUUCAGACCUAUCAGGACCGGCUGAAGGCAUCUCUGGAGCCUCUUGAGGAAGGUCUCAGGCGGUUGAAAAGGAGCCAGUGCCACCAGCAGGAGAACAUUAUCGAAUUAAAGACCUGCUCCGAAUCCUUGUCUGAUCACGUCUCUGGAGAGUUUGUGAAGAUGCACCAGCUGCUGAACGACAGAGAGCUGGCUAUAAAACAGGCCUUAGAAAACCAGAGAGAAAAGAACUUGGCUCAGAUGGAAACCAAGUUAAAGGAACUGGACUGGAAAAUGGCCUCACGUUCAGAAACUCUUUGUCGUGUACAGACCGGCCUUGAAUGCAAAGACCACAUUAGUUUCCUUAAGGAGGCAAAAGAGUUGCUAGAGAGGGUCCGUAAGGAACAAGGAGCUCCGGAGGAACCCGACUUAGAUGCUGAACUGGUAGGAGAAGAUGGGCCGGGGGUCAGCAGUGAAGACACAGAUGAGUGUGAGAAUGAGAUUGAUGAAGAGGUUGAUGAGGAGGAAGAGGAGGAAGAAGAAGAGGAGGAAGAGGAGGAGGAGGAAGAAGAAGAGGAAGAAGAGGAGGAAGAACAAGAGACAGCAGAGGAAGAAGAAGAGGAGAAGGAAGAGGAGGAGGAAGAUGGAGUGGUGGCUGUAGACUUGACCCUGGGCGAGUUUAAAGGACCUCUGCAAUUCUACGCCUGGAAGGAGCUCCUGGGUGCGGUACAUCCAGUCCCUGCAAGCAUCACUUUGGACUGCAAUUCAGCUCAUCCCAGCUUGGUCCUCGUGGAAGAAGCCACCGGGGUCAAGUUCAGUCCUGGCCGACGAUUUUGGCGACGAAAGCUGGAGCGCUUCACCUCCACCCCGUGUGUGGUGGGACGGAAGGGCAUUACCACUGGCCGCUUCUACUGGGAGAUCCAAGUUGGGGACAGCCCCGGUUGGAUAGUGGGGACGGCCAAAAAGUCUGUGAAGCGCAAGAAGCAGCUGAACUUUCUACCCAAGGAAGGGGUGUGGGCUAUUGAGCUGAAGGUGGGAGAGUACCAAGCUCUGAAUGAGCCCCGUACGUCCCUCUCGGUCUGUGGGAGGAUGGAAAAAGUUGGGGUCUACCUGGACUUUGAAGGGGGGCAGCUCUCUUUUUACAACAGCAGCAGCAUGACCCACCUCUACACCUUCCAAGCGUGCUUCCAUGAAGAGCUGCUCCCUUUUCUCAGCACUCAAAGCAGCUACCCCCUCUCGGUGUGGGACCUGGAGCUGUGAGAUCUUAGCUCAGGGUGUAGCAUUGCCGAGAACAGCCUGGUGAAAGUUGAAAACAUUGAGGUGCGUUAGGAUGGCUGUUUUAAGAGAAAGUCCGUGCUAUUCCCUCUUUGCAAGCAAUCGCUCGAAGAUUCGAAACUGGUCUGACCUGAUUAUUUUAUUUAUUUAUUUUAUUUUAUUUUAUUUAUUUGCUUGUCAAACAUGUACAAGAUGACAAAUAUAGGUAUGAGCAUAAACAUGAACAAAGGAAGUACAUUCAGAUAAAUGGGGAUUAUUGUGGACCAUGAUGGUUGUUCUAGGCCAGUGGUGUCAAACUCAAGGCCCAGGGGCCGGAUCCGAUUCACGGGAUGCUCAGAUCUGGCUUGUGAGGCUGCCAUGGAAACAGCGAAGGACUGGCUGCAGUGCCUCUGCCAGCAAAAACGGAGCUCAGGAGGGCUGCGCGUGGUGGCCCUUUUUGCUGAUAGAGGGCUGCAGGAGGCCAUCACAGCCGAAAAUGGAGCCCGGGGAGGCUACGCGAGGGCCCCACGAGCUCCAUUUUCACUGACAGAGUGCUAGCAAAACAAACUACCGUAUUUUUCGGUGUA